CCCUCCCCACCCUCCCUCUGCUGCUCUCCGUACGGUAUGACCGUCAAAGUGCAGGGACUGUCUGCUACAGAGGAGCUGAGGGUAAAUGUCAGAGGGGAAUGGACCCCUUUGGUGCUGUUGGCUGAGCAGUGUGGCUACACUUUGGACAGACGAGAUUCAGAAAUUAUUAUUAUCGCUGCUCCAUUUGUGACAUGUGGCAUCACAGUAAAGGAUGGAAAAUACACACUUUCUCUUCAAAUAGGAGAUAGGACAUUCACAUUGGCCUGUCCUCUCCCUCUCCCUGAAGAACUCCCACUAACCCAUCAGCGUCUGAUCAACAGCCCUCAUCGUCUAAGCAGCGGGCCAACAGAGCAUAUGCCACAAUCCCUGGAGCCUUUUCCAUGGGCUCCACCUUUCUACCUGGCCCCGCCUUACUACCCCCACCCUACAUAUCACCGCAAAUAUCCUAGUCCCAGUGGACACGCUGCAUAUGACCCUCCUACUCCCUCAUCUUCAACUCCUGACCCUACAUUUGGCCCACAGCCUCUCCCUCCUGUUGAUCCCCAGCCAGACGAUCAGGACUACUACUCCCACCAGAUUCCUCUAGUAGAGUCUUAUAAACAUUUCACUGUCCACAGUUCGCUUUCAUCUGCAGACGAUAUGGAGGAUUCACGUCGGGUGUAUCCAGGUCUGCAACAAAAACAAGAAACUCCUGUCUCUGGUCUCUCUGAGAAGCACACUUCUACACAGUCCUCAGAUACAGGCUUUCCCAUUCAAUUUGAAGCACCUCCUCCCCAGCCCCCCAGCCAUGCCUUCAAUCAAUAUUAUCACUACUACCAUCAUCCUAAAAUCCCUCUGCCUGGCCCACCCCAAGACCCUGAUCCAGGUCUUGAGGUUCCCUCUUUAACUGAUCCUCAUAAUCCUGAAUUUCCAGUGUUGCCCCGCAGCACCCAGCAGUCUGAGACUCUCAGCAGAGUUAACUCUGACAGAGACUGGUUCCUUCCAUCUGUGCCUGACACUCUUCCAACAAAUUCACCUUCUACAGCUUAUCCUCCACAGCCCUAUCCAUACCACUACUUCUAUUACUUUCCGCACAUUGCUAGGGGUGAGGCCAAAAGAUUGGCUCCUCUCAAUCCCGAUACAGCCGCAAAAGCAAAUUUGUCUUAUCAAAAUGUACAGUCAAGCCCCUUUGUUCAGCCACUUCCUCACUCAUCAGUGGUUCAUGACAAAUACAACCUAAAUCCUUACAUGGAUCAGCCAAGGCAAGAUAAAACGAUAAACUUUAAAAGAAAUGGACCAGAAUCAAUCAAACAGCCACUUUGGUCGGACGAUGAAGCAGAGCUGGAUUCCAAAAUAAGACACCCUGCUGUCCAGCCUUACCCUCCUGAACCAGACGUUGUUGCAGUUCCUCCUUCUAGCACUUUCCCUACUCCAUCACCCAACCAUAAUCCUCCACCUCCCUACUACUACUACUACUACUACUACUACUACUACCCUUAUUAUCACCACUAUCAGAUGGAUUAUGGACCUGAGAGUUUACUCAGUGCUGACAAUCCUGUGCCUCCAACUUUAUCCAAAGAAGCUUUAGACCCUCUGCUUCAGGCAUCCUCCUCCCCACCACAGCAUCCGUUCUAUCACGUACCUCAAACUCCACCUACAAAAUCAAUGUAUGAUGUUUCCCAUGGCCCCCUACAUCCUUACUACUAUUACCACCUCUACUACCACCCUGACAUGUCUGUAGACAGCCCUGCUGGCAGUAUGAGCUCAAAAUCAGAAUCUCAGCUUCCCUCAGACUACAGCAGGAUGGAUCAGCUGGGUCAUGCUGCUGAGGCAGAAAAUCCCAGCAUCCCACAGUCGAGUCCCUUUCAUAGCCUCUAUUCCCAUUAUAUCACUCAGCAACCGCCAUUUGAUGCUUUUGGGCAUCCUGGUGGAGGAGAAGCAGCAGAGGGACUGGAUAAUGAAAUGAAAGAUCACAUCAAGGCCAACCCGUACACUCCCUCUGCCUCACCCUGUGGCCUUGGCCUCAUGUCAGAAUUUGACUGCAGCUGUCCUUCAGGCUGCUGUUUGUACCACGUGAAAGACUGUACAAUGGGACAGCAUUUAAUCUUUGCGAUGCCUGACUGUGUGGUGGAGCCCACAGUGGCCCCCCCAGCUCAUCCCUCUGAGGUCAAUAAUUCAUCCUGCACACUGCAGAGGCUGACCUCUGACCCCGACAUCUACGCUGUCCCCCUAGAUGGCUGUGGAGUAAACAAACACGAGUUUGGUCAGACAGUGGUUCAUCUGUUGGAAGUCCAUGGUAUCUAUUCUCUUCAAGACCACAGUUCUGUGUAUGAGAACUCUCCUGUCAGGUUGAUGGUUGAAUGUAGUUCUUCACCGGGGUCUCCAGGUGAAGUUAGACUCCAUGUGAUGGAUCAACCUCCUCCACCUCCCAUUCAGGCUACACCAGCCAUGGUCACUGUGCAACUGAGAAUUGCCACAGAUGAGUCAUUCACCAGCUUCCACCCUGAGGCUCACCUACCGCUUAGCCACAUACAAGGCAGUCCAGUUUAUGUGGAGGUUUCCCUACUGGACCCCCCAGAGCCCAGCCUGGUGCUGCUGGUUCACUCCUGCCUGGCUUACACUCAAACUCCAUAUACCAGCUGGAUGCUGGUUUAUGAUGGCUGUCCCAGCGAGGGGGGCGCACAACCACUUCGUUCCCCACGCUCUCACCAUAUACGGAGGAUCAUGAUUUCUACCUACCUGUCUCUGGACACAGAAAGUCCCUCUUACAUGGCUAAAGGAGCCUACUCUCACCUGGAGGACCCAGAGAUCUUCUUCAUGUGCUUGACAGAGGUGUGUUCUGCUGCAGAUGGUGACUGCACUGUAGGCUGCAUCAGCAGUCCCAACAGUGACGUGUGAGCAAUGAAUUAAAGACACUUUUACACAUCUGCA